ACUGGCACCUUGUCCCUGUGCCGCAUCAAAACCACCGCGAGAAAUGGACGAUUUAGUGUUUGAAGACAAGGAGCGGUUUUGUUACAAGUGUACCUGUUCCGUGUACAGUUGAAACACUACCCCAGAUGCUCUUCUUGCAGAUUUGGAGUCCACAACUUCCCAUAUUUGCAAACAAGCUGCGUUUCUCCCAGAUGAGACGCCAUAUUCCUGCCCCACAGGAAGUGACUUGUACAAGGAAGUGUUCUCCCCAUCUCGACUGACUUCCCAAUCCGUCCAAACUCUGAAUGGAACUUUGUCAGAAAAACCAGAGUCAAAGCACUCAUCAGCCCAGUCUUUCAGCUCCGUUCAGAAAAGCAUCAGUCCUUCUGUGUCGGAGUCUGACGAAGAGCACGUUUACAGUUUCCCCAACAAACAGAAGACUACUGACUCGCCUGCGGCAGUCAUGAGCUCAUCACUGGGCAGUAAUCUGUCUGAGCUGGACCGACUGUUGCUGGAGCUCAACGCUGUACAGCACAACAUUCCAUCAUUCCCUACUGAAGAAGCGUACACCCCUAAACAAGCCAGCAACACUCAGCGAUAUGUUCUAGAAAAUGGUGUCUCGUCAGUAGUGAAAGCCUCUCCUUCCAAGUUAGAAAAACCCAAACAUCAUACAGCAGGUCAUGGGAUCGAAGACGUCAGACCCAGCGUGGAGAGUUUAUUAAAUGAGCUGGAGAGCUCCGUUCCAGCCCCUGCGCCUGCUUCAUCAGUGCCCCAAUUUCCUGAGUUGAAAGAAGCUCAGGAUGAUACUCUGGCCCAGCAGCAAUCUAGAAUCUCUGCCUCCUCAGCUACACGAGAGCUUGAUGAACUCAUGGCUUCACUAUCUGACUUCAAAGUUCAGAGCAAUAUUAUGGCUCAGGGUAAAAGUUCCCCCACCAGCGUUCCGAAACAGGCGAAUAAACUGGACAACAUGCUGGGCAACCUGCAGUCAGACCUCAACCGACUGGGUGUUCAAACUGUGGCCAAAGGAGUUUGUGGAGCUUGCAAGAAACCCAUUGCUGGCCAGGUGGUGACCGCAAUGGGUCGGACGUGGCAUCCAGAACAUUUUGUGUGUACUCACUGUCAGGAGGAAAUAGGUUCCAGAAACUUCUUUGAGCGAGACGGACAGCCAUACUGUGAACAGGAUUACCACAGCCUCUUCUCUCCACGCUGUUACUACUGUAAUGGACCCAUUCUGGACAGAGUGGUGACCGCAUUAGAUAGGACUUGGCAUCCAGAACAUUUCUUUUGUGCCCAGUGCGGGUCAUUCUUUGGCCCUGAGGGUUUCCAUGAGAAGGAAGGAAAGGCGUACUGUAAAAAAGACUACUUUGAUAUGUUUGCACCUAAAUGUGGCGGCUGUACCCGUGCUAUCCUGGAGAACUACAUCUCUGCCCUCAACUCUCUUUGGCAUCCAGAGUGUUUUGUCUGCAGGGAGUGUUUCACUCCAUUUUUGAACGGCAGUUUCUUCGAGCACGAAGGGCAGCCGUACUGCGAGGCUCAUUACCACGAGCACCGCGGCUCGCUCUGCUCCGGCUGUCAGAAACCCAUUACCGGCCGCUGCAUCACCGCCAUGGGCAAGAAGUUUCACCCCGAGCAUUUCGUCUGCGCCUUCUGCCUUAAACAGCUGAACAAGGGCACGUUCAAAGAGCAGAAUGACAAACCGUACUGCCAAAACUGCUAUGUGAAACUCUUCAGCUAGAAAAUCUGUGCCGCUUUACGAUGGUUUUGCGGUGUGCAUUUGCGUAUGCACGCCAAAAUGAUUCCAAAGGGUCAAAGUUAAAAAAUUUCCCACAGUGCCCUCUGGGUGCCAUAAUGUGCAUUACACCAGCUUGUUCACGUGCCAAGCCACAAGGCACUGUCUAACAAGUGUAGAUCUUCAGGGAGGCCAAAACGAUUUUUAACAGCCUUUUUAAAACGCUUCCCCUGGAUGUUAACAAGAACAAAAUAUGAGGGUUUGUGGAGCUAUUUUAGAUAUUAUCGAUUGCAUCGGACAAAUCAACAAGAUCUAUUUUUGUGUUCGAUAUAUACACACUGAGCUUAACUUAAAUGCACAUACGUAUGCACCUCUUUGCACAUUUCAGGAGAAAACCUGUUCUUCCUUUUUUUCGCCUGCUGCUUUCUUGGACAACAAUGUGAGUUUUGUUUUGCUUCUGUCAUUCAUUGGCUAUGUCAGGUUUUCUAAAAGGUGCAAUUAUUGCUUGGUAUAAAUCUCAAAGUCAUAUUAUACUGUAUAUUUUUUUAUUUUGCGCUACUUUGGAUAGCCUUGGUUUUAUUGUGCAUGUAUUACUCAGUCUAUACUCUUUAUAAAGUUGAUGGUUGUUUCUAUUCUUCUAUUUCAUGGGCGGUUUCUAUUUUCUGUAUGUUUGGAGUGUUAGAUUUUAUUUUAUUCUUGUAUUUAAAAAUGGUACCAGUUAGGGUCCUGUUAAAUUGAGUAUGCAGUGUUCUGUAAUGUGCCUAUUGGGCAUAUUUAGAGAUUUACAUACUCAUUUUUGUCUUAAUUUUUCCAUCUCAUUACAAGAGUAUUAUUAACAACUUUAUGAUGUGUUUUUACCCCUUUUCCUUUUUAUCUGAUCCUACUGUAUGCAAGUAAAUAUAUUAAAGUCUUAUGAAAUUGAAUUGAUGGCUUUACUUUAAAAGGUUGUAUCUUUUCUUUUUUAGUAAUUUAAAGAUUUUAUCUUCAUCAGGGUGAUGCCAUAUUUUAUUCCUAAUUGACUGAUUAAAUGAAAACAUGGGGUCUAAAGGUACAAGUCAUUUUAUAAACACCAGGAUGUAAAUGGUUGAUGUGCACAUUAAAUUUUUCAG